AUGCGUUCCGUUGAGCUUCUUGGCCUGGCUGCGCUGGGCUCCAUCGUCGCUGCUGCCCCUACUCCGUCUCGCGUGUCGGAUCUGACCAAGAGGUCUUCAACUUGUACCUUCACCGCGGCCUCCCAGGCUACCGAGAGCGCGUCCGGUUGCUCCGAGAUUGUCCUGGACAACAUCGAGGUCCCUGCCGGUGAGACUCUGGAUCUGUCUGAUGUCGAUGAUGGAACUACCAUCGUCUUCGAAGGCACCACCACCUUCGGCUACAAAGAGUGGAGCGGCCCCCUGAUCCGCUUCGGCGGCAAGGACAUCACCGUCAAGCAGAACUCCGGCGCUGUCAUUGACGGCGAGGGCUCCCGCUGGUGGGACGGCGAGGGCACCAACGGCGGCAAGACCAAGCCAAAGUCCAUGUACGCGCACAGCCUUGAGGACUCGACCAUCACCGGGCUGUCCAUCAAGAACACCCCUGUGCAGGCCAUCAGUGUCCAGGCGACCAACCUCUACCUGAUCGACAUCACCAUCGACAACUCGGAUGGCGAUGACAACGGCGGGCACAACACCGACGGGUUCGACAUCAGCGAGAGUACCGGGGUGUACAUCCGCGGCGCGACCGUCAAGAACCAGGAUGACUGCAUUGCCAUCAACUCGGGCGAGAACAUCGAAUUCUCCGGCGGUACCUGCUCCGGCGGCCACGGUCUCUCCAUCGGUUCGGUCGGUGGUCGCGACGACAACACCGUCAAGAACGUCACCAUCACCGACUCCACUGUGACCGACUCGGCCAAUGGCGUCCGCAUCAAGACCGUGUACGAUGCCACCGGCUCCGUCAGCGAGAUCACCUACUCCAACAUCAAGCUGUCCGGUAUCACCGACUAUGGUAUCGUCAUCGAGCAGGACUACGAGAACGGCAGCCCGACCGGUACCCCGACCACUGGUGUUCCCAUCACCGACCUGACCAUCGACGGUGUCACAGGCACAGUCGAGUCUGACGCCGUUGAGGUGUACAUUCUGUGCGGAGACGGUAGCUGCAGUGACUGGACCUGGGAGGGCGUGGACAUCACCGGCGGGGAGACGAGCUCCAAGUGCGAAAAUGUUCCCUCGGGUGCUUCUUGCUAG